CUAGCUGCUCGUCUCGCGCUGAGUGCGUGCGCUCGUCAUCGUACCUGGUAGGGAGCUAUCAACUUUUUCUGUGGGCCCCCGACCCUCCCGAUGCUGGUCAACCUCCCACUCAUCUACAUAUCUCGCCGCCCCAUCCUUUCUCUCUUCACCACCUCGUCCAAUUCCAUCUCCCCCAUGGCACCCAUCUCCAUGCGGCCCUUCGCCGCCGCGACUCUGGCCUCGCAGCUCCAGCAGGCUGGACGUCGUAGCUAUCAAACCGCCCGCCCGUCGCUCAUCGCCAACAGAGCCAGCUGGACUCCUCGUCCCGUCUCCCAUCAGAUCGCCUUGCGCCAGUCUAUCCGUCGUCAAUCUACUGAGACGCCCCUGCCCAAGCCCAAAAAAAAGUUCAGAUGGUUCCGCGCGCUCUGGCGACUCACUUAUCUGAGCGCCAUUGGUGGUACCGGAUACAUGUGUUACAGCAUCUGGGAGUCCAAGCACCCAGUCGAGGACCAGCCUCCACCGGAUCCGAGCAAGAAGACGCUCGUUGUUCUGGGAACUGGAUGGGGCUCUGUAUCUCUGCUUAAGAAGCUUGACACCGAAAAUUACAACGUCGUGGUCGUUUCGCCUCGCAACUAUUUCCUUUUCACCCCUCUCCUUCCGUCAUGCACUGUCGGUACAAUCGAGCACCGCUCCAUCAUGGAGCCCAUUCGCAACUUCCUGCGCCACAAGAAGGCUUCCGUCAGGUACUACGAAGCUGAGGCCACCAAGAUCGACUAUGAAAGAAGGGUCAUUCUCAUCAAUGAUGACUCUGAUAUCAAGGGUGACGUCUCUUCGACCGAGGUCCCCUUCGAUAUGUUGGUCAUUGGUGUUGGCGCUGAGAACGCCACGUUUGGUAUCCCCGGUGUUCGCGAACAUGGUCUUUUCUUGAAGGAGGUCGGUGAUGCUCAGCGUAUCCGUAACCGCAUCAUGGAUUGCUGUGAGACCGCUACCUUCAAGGAUCAGACCCCCGACGAGGUUCAGCGCCUUUUGCACAUGGUUGUUGUCGGCGGCGGACCCACCGGUGUGGAAUUCGCUGGCGAACUGCAAGAUUUCUUCAACUCGGACCUCAAAAAGUGGAUCCCGGAUAUCAAGGAGAAGUUCCGUGUCACUCUCGUCGAGGCCCUGCCUAACGUGUUGCCCAUGUUCUCCAAACAAUUGAUCGACUACACCGAGAAGACGUUCAAGGAAGAGACCAUUACUAUUCGAACCAAGACCAUGGUCAAGAACGUCACUGACAAGUACAUUGAAGCCGAGUCUACAGGUCCUGAUGGCAAGAAGCAGGUUGAGAAGAUUCCAUACGGUCUGCUGGUGUGGGCCACUGGUAACGCACUCCGCCCGCUUGUUGCAGACUUCAUCAAGCAGAUUCCCGCCCAGAAGGACUCCCGCAGAGGUCUGGCAGUGAACGAGUACCUUGUUGUCAAGGGAUGUGAGAACGUCUGGGCUGUCGGUGAUUGUGCUGUCGCCAACUACGCCCCUACCGCUCAGGUUGCCUCGCAAGAAGGCGCUUGGCUCGCCCGCAUGUUCAACCAGAUGGCCAAGACCCACGAGAUUGAAGCAGAGCUCAAAGAACUUUCUGUCAAACAGGAGACGGCCCCCGGAAAAGAGGCACGUGAUGCUGUCUUCACUGAGAUCAAGGAACUCCAGAAGCGCCUGCGACGCGUCAAGCAGAUCGGACCAUUCGAGUACACCCACCAGGGUUCCUUGGCUUACAUUGGAUCCGAAAAGGCUGUGGCCGAUAUCUCAUGGUUGUCGGGUAACAUCGCCUCUGGAGGAACACUGACGUACAUUUUCUGGAAGAGCGCAUAUAUCAACAUGUGCUUCAGCACACGCAACCGCAUCUUGGUGUGCAUAGAUUGGGCCAAGUCGAGCAUCUUCGGUCGUGAUGUCUCGCGAGUCUAA